AUGUCUCCGACUAAGCAGACCUUCACAUUGGAAGCUUAUGCGAAGCCUCAGCUGCACGCAGUGAAACAUCAACAAGAUGAUGUUAUAGGCCUGCUCCUGGGCUCGUCAGAAGAUACCAUAAAGGAAGCUGUGCCGUUGUUCCAUUGUGGAAUAGUGAGCACGCCGAUGAUCAAGUUGGCGCUUUCCUUGGUUGAAACUUAUUGCGAUAAGAAAAAGCUCAAAAUUUUGGCGGUAUAUACUUCUUCUGCUAAGCCAGGGCCUGUUGUACGACAAAUUGCUGAGGUUUUGGGUAAAUACGGAUCUAUUAUCGUCUAUAUUAUGCAAGUAAGAUCUAAGAAGGUGACACUGACCGGUUAUUCUGCUGAUGGUCUCCGGAAGGAAUCUCCGGACUGCUCAGUUGAAAUCCCUGAGGGUUCUGAUGAUAAAGUGAUCGAGAUGAUAUCUGCUUCUCGCUACGUUGAUGUGUACGAUCUAGAUGACCAUUUACACGACCCUAGUAGAGACAUUUUCGAUUACAAUAUAUCCGGUAUCGCCACUGUUGCCCUUGAAUAA